GAGUGUCGGUAAACCGGUGGGUGAGCGGAGAGGACCAGUGACUGAGGCAGAGGACACACAGGCGCAGAAAGAGGCUCGGCGCUCCACGGGACUGCGCGUAAACAGACCGACGCGACGGGACGGAGGACACGGACACGCGCUUCCUGCGUCGCUCCGGUAAAGAUUGAAGAAAACCAAAGAAGAAGAAAGCCGAAGGCAACUCGCUAAGGAGGAGAGAGGGAAUCUCGGUUUCUGUGUUGUGAAGGAGCUCGUGUCCACAGACGGCGUGACUGAGCAGAGAGGCGGGGCCUUGCUGUAUUUGGGCGCAGACCUUCACGUCACACACCGAUGAUGGAGAGGAGGAGGAUGGACGCGGCGCUGCUGGGGCUGUUCCUGGUGCACCUCGCCACCGCGCUGGAGGUGCCUCUAGACCUUCUGGAAGGAUUGCCGCAGCCACCGACCAUAACUCACCAAUCCCCCAAGAAUUACAUCAUCGACCCACGGGAGAACAUUAUAAUCCACUGCGAGGCGAAGGGCAAGCCUCACCCCAGUUUCUCCUGGACCAGAAAUGGGACCCACUUUGACAUCGAUGAAGACCCCAACGUGACCAUGAAGCCCAACUCCGGGACCCUGGUGGUGGACAUCAGCAGAGCGAAGGCCGAGCAUUACGAGUUUGUGUACCAGUGCACAGCGAGGAACAAACACGGAACUGCUGUUUCCAACAACAUCGUCGUACAACAGUCCAGGUCCCCCUUGUGGUCCAAGGAGAGAGUCGAUCCAAUCGUCAUUUCGGAGGGCAGGUCUCUGGUGCUGCGGUGUCGACCUCCUGCCGGCCUCCCUCCUCCCAUUAUCUUCUGGAUGGACAAUUACUUCCAGAGGUUGCCGCAGAGCGCCAGGGUGUCCCAGUCCCUGAACGGAGACCUGUACUUCUCCAAUGUGCUCCAAGAGGAUUCCAGGAACGACUACAUCUGCUACGCCCGCUUCCCGUACACACAGACCAUCCAGCAGAAACAACCCAUCGUUGUCAAGGUCCUCAACCUGGAUGCAAUCAAUGACACAAUGGCAGCUUUUUACAAUGACACUGAUUUAUUUAGUGAAGAGCCAGCAGAUGAGAGGAAGCCAAACUUCCUCAUCCCGUCCGGCCCCUCCAGCUCCAAGACCGUUCUGAGAGGACAGGUGCUGGAGAUGGAGUGUAUCGCCGAAGGACUGCCCACCCCUGAGAUAUCUUGGGCCAAAGUGAGCGGCGAGCUCCCGACCAAGCGCACGUCUUUCCUGCACUACGACAAGACGCUGCGGAUCGUGGACGUGUCGGAGUCGGACGCGGGAGAGUACCGCUGCACCGCCCGGAAUCCGCUGGGCUCGGUGCACCAAACCAUCCGCGUCACGGUCAAAGCUGCUCCAUAUUGGAUCAGCGGUGCCCCCAGGAACCUUGUCCUGGCUCCAGGAGAGAGCAGCGUGCUGACCUGCAGGGCCAGCGGGACGCCCAAGCCCUCCGUGUCCUGGGCCAUGAACGGCAUCCCCAUCGAGAAUUCCCCCAAAGACCUCAGCAGGAAGGUGGAGGACGACACCAUCAUCUUCACCGAUGUGCAGGCGGGGUCCAGCGCCGUCUACCAGUGUAAUGUCUCCAACGACUACGGUUACCUGCUGUCCAACGCGUUCGUCAAUGUGCUCUCGGAGCCGCCCAGAGUGCUGACACAGAACAACAAAGUUUACCAGGUCAUCAAAAACCGGCAGGCCUCCAUAGACUGCGCUUCCUUCGGGUCGCCCAUCCCUAAAAUCACAUGGUUCAAAGACAGUCGGUCCAGUACCCUCGAUGGAGACCCUUACGUCCUGCAUGACAACGGGACUCUAGAGAUCCACACGGCUCAGGCUCACAAUAGUGGCAAAUACACAUGUGUGGCCCGGAACAGCCUCGGAAUCUACGAGAAUCACAUCUAUCUGGAGGUCAAAGAGCCCACCCGCAUCCUGAAGCAGCCGGAGUACAAAGUGGUCCAGCUGGGCAGGUCCGCCGUCUUUGAGUGUAAGGUGAAGCAUGACCCCUCGCUCAUCCCGACCAUGACCUGGCUGAAGGACGACGGAGAGCUGCCCGACGACGAGAGAUUAAUCGUAGACUCCGACAGCCUCACCAUCGUCGACGUGAGCGAGAGCGACGCGGGCGUGUACACCUGCAUCAUGAACACAACCCUGGACCACGACUCGGCCAGCGCCGAGCUCACUGUCGUCGAGGCCACGACACCAGCUGUUGUCUACGAGCGACCCGACCCCCCAACUGACCUGGAGCUGACGGACCAGAAAAAGAGGAGCGUCCAGCUGACUUGGAUCCCAGGGGAUGAACAUAACAGUCCUAUUCAAAAAUUUCUGAUCCAGUAUGAAGACUUCCUGCACCACCGAGGUCACUGGCAUAAUCUCACCGAGGUCCCCGGCACCAGGACGACGGCUCACCUCAAGCUGUCCCCCUACAUCCACUACACCUUCAGAGUGCUGGCCCUCAACGCUGUGGACUUCAGCCGCCCCAGCUUCCCCUCCAGGAUGGUUAAGACAGAACCUGCAGCUCCGGACGAGAACCCAACAGGUGUCCAGGGGUUCGGAACAGAACAUGAUAAUCUUGUAAUCUCAUGGAAGCCGCUGUCGGGCCUGCAGGCCAACGGCCCCGGGCUCCACUACAAAGUCAUGUGGAGGCAGAAGGUGGUGGACAGCGAUUGGACCACAGUGACGGUGGCCAACAACUCCAAGUUUGUUGUGUCUGGAACGCCCACAUUCGUUCCUUAUGAGCUAAAGGUUCAGGCAGUGAACGACCACGGGGCCGGACCCGAGCCGGCUGUCGCCCACGGCUACUCCGGCGAGGACUUGCCAGUAGCCGCUCCAGACAACGUGCAGGCCGUGUUGCUAAACAGCACUCUGGCAGAGGUACACUGGGAUCCUGUGCCCGCUAAAUUAAUACGAGGACACCUCAAAGGAUAUAAGGUGUACUACUGGAAAGAGCACAGCCUCCACAAACACAACCCCCACCUUGUGAAGAGCCAGAUCCUGACCUUCAGUGGGAACCACACACGCAGAAUGCUGCCCGACCUGCACCCCUUCAGCCUCUACUUGUUCAAUGUCAGGGUUUAUAACGGCAAGGGGGAGGGCCCCCCCAGCCCCAACCAUCAGAUUGUGACACCCGAAGGAGUGCCGAGUGCUCCUUCUUCUCUGCGGGUCAGCAACCCCAACCUGGACUCUCUGACCCUUGAAUGGAGUCCUCCUCAUGAGCGUAAUGGACACAUCACUGGCUACACCCUCAGAUAUCAGCCAGUCAAUGACUCCAAUGAGCUGGGCCCAGUGGAGGAGCUGGCCCUGCCGGCCAACGAGACCUCGCUCACUUUGCUCAACCUCAAGUACAGCACGCGCUACAAGUUUUAUUUGAAUGCGAUAACGGUCAGGGGAGCCGGGCCGCCCAUUUCUGAGGAAGCUGUCACCGUCAUGGACGAAGCUCUAAUAUCACAGCAUGGCGCAGACGUGGGCGCAGGAAACACGCAAACCCCCCAUCCCAUUGCACCGUCUCCUCCACGCCGUCCGCCCCCCAAGGCGCGGACCGUGAAUCCUUUCGGGAACGUUAGCUCCUCGUUCGGCGAGGACGGCACCCUGAUCAGUUGGGAUUACUGGGGCCCCGAGCAAAACGUUUAUGUAGAAUACAUAGUGACAAACAGUGAAGGUGAAGAGGAGUGGCAGAAAGAGCCUGUGAACGGCACUCAGAAUGUUAUGCUGAAGGGCUUAAAGGGGGGCCUCUCCUAUAGGGUGCGUUUGGUGGCCACAGGUCACCACGACCAGCCGCUCCACCGGUCUGAUGAGCUAUUGGUCUCGGUCCCAGCUGUGGCGAGCCGACAGGUGGACAUCGCCACUCAGGGAUGGUUCAUCGGCCUGAUGUGUGCCAUCGCUCUGCUCAUCCUGAUCCUCCUCAUUAUCUGCUUCAUCCAGAGGAAUAAGGGAGGAAAGUACCCUGUCAAAGAGAAGGAGGACGCACACACAGACCCAGAGUUCCAGCCAAUGAAAGACGACGACUGUACUUUUGGGGAAUACAGUGACAAUGAGGACCAUAAACCGUUAAAAGGGAGCCGCACGCCGUCUAAUGGGACAGUUAAGAGGGACGACAGUGACGACAGUUUAGUUGACUACGGUGAAGGAGGAGACGGACAGUUCAACGAGGAUGGCUCGUUUAUCGGCCAGUAUAGUGGAAAGAGCGCCAGCAGGGAGACGGCCGGGGGCCACGAGAGCUCCGAGGCCCCGUCCCCUAUUAACACCAUGAACUCCCUCAACUCAUUCGUGUAGCUCAAUCGGACGGCGCGAGGGGCCGCACGGACGCCUCGAUCCCCCACGUCUCUCUUAGCGGGCUGUCCCAACACGAAAUACACACCAGUCACCUAAGACAUUUAGGUUUUCACCGGGAAGUCUUUAUGGAGGCGCUUGGAGACCUGUGGCUCAUUAUACCCUACGCAGCAUGUAGGAAUGAAGUAGCUCAACCGGAUAAUUCAUUUAAACAGCACAUGCAUGAAACACCUGAUAUGACCCAAAUCUACAUUUAAAUCAACAGUUCUAUAGUUACAAUUGAAUCAUUCUUAAAGGAAACCUCUUAUGGACUCUGCAGUGCUCGGCGAAACUAUAUUGGAUUUUGUCAUAGGUUAUUAUAUUAUCUACUAUGUUCAAGUAGUAAUCAAAGUCUAACGUAUAUGACUUUUACGUUGUUGUUUUUUUCAACAAAGAAGCUUGGACUGGAAUCUGUAUAAAAUGAAGUCAUUUCCUUCAUGUAAUUCCAUCAGUGCACAAGGCCAAUGUACAGUGUCUGUGUGUAUAUAUAUAUAUAUAUAUAUAUAUAUAUAUAUAUAUAUAUAUAUAUAUAUGAAAUGAACUAUCUGUAAACUGAUAAAUAUUGGGGGCAGUGCACAAACCAUGAUUGAGAUCUCUGCAAUGGUGCAUCCUGAUUUGUCUCCACUCUGUUGGCUGAUGGAACUGCACCUAUGAAGGAGGACGCUGAAAUGCUGCAUGGCGUGCUAAGGUCAUGUGACCUCAUGACCUUUGCCCUGCAUGUAACCUCUACCUAUUGAGCUUGAUCCGGCCAUUGGGAAAUGCCGAGGUCGGUCCCUGCAGCCCUCCUUCAGCUGGUAGUGCCUUUUCUCCAAAGCAUCCAUCCAUCGAGUCUCUUCCCCGGAGCCCAGCGAUGGGAACGGAGCCGGCAGUGUGACUGCAGAAGUCACAUCCAAGCAAGGAUCAGAUAAGCUUGAGAAGAGGACUCUGGGGGAAGGAAUAAUUCACAUACUCUUGUUAUCUCUUUUUUUUUUUUGUAAAGAUGUCCCAAUGCCUUGAGACCCAGGACUGGCUUUGAUUCCUCCAAGAAGGGCACCUAAAUCGGAUCAGACUCAAACAUGGUUAAAACCACGUCUGCUGCAUUCACAAAGUUUGCAGUCAUUGUGUGCACAACGUGUUUCCUGCAGUGUACAAAUGCAUGGGUAUCUGAGUGGGCGAAUACUACACAUGAUUCAGUUCCUUUUAGGCAAAGAUCGGUCUCUUGUACUAACUACACUUGAGGGCCUUUGGAUGGAAUCCAGACUUAUUUUCUCUUAACUUGCAUCAAGUUUUUUUUUCUUAAUGACGUGUAGAAUAUCUGUUGAAUUUGUAAAUACCUUAAUUGAUUGUACAGGUACAAACAGCUUUUAGGGCAAUAUUGUGCAUGAAAUGGUUUAACUUGUUGAUAGGACUGUAUUAAAUAUAGAGUACUUGUAGAAUAUAUAUAUAUAUGUAUAUGUAUAUAUAUAUAUAUAUAUAUAUAUAUAUAUUCUUUUUUUGCUGUGCACAGUGUACAUUGUAACUAACUGGACAGAAAAUUGAAUAUAAAUUUGAUCGUUUUCUGAUUUGCUUGUCAGCGAGUUUAUGACUUUGGUUAUUGUACAACGUGUAGUAUUUAGCCACAAUAUUAAUUGAUCCACAGAACUAUAUUACUCUGAUUUAAAUUGGUUCUAUGCAGUCGACGUUUACUGCCAAAUCGAUGCCCUUUUCUGACAGUAUUGCAUAUGGUUUUGUAUUUAAGAAACAGAUUUGUACUAACGGAUAUUUUCUUUGUCUUUAUUUAAGUUUCUCCUUUUUAGUGCAAGUAUGAAUUUGAAGUUACUGGAAAUAUAAUGAAUGAAUAAAUAAUUAUCCGAUUAAAUUUAAAAACUUUC